AUGGAUAUUAAAUAUACUGGUGGUGAUUUACCUUGGUCACUUCCAUUUGGUGAUCAUUUUAAUUCAUCAAAUUCACAAGAAACUAAUAGUGAAUUAAAAACUAUUGCUCAUCGACAUAAUUUUCAAACAUUAUAUGAGCAAUUGACUAAUUCUAACAAUAAUUCAAAAUGGACAAAUGCAGGUGUAUUUUUUACUAAUAAAACAAUUGAUUCAAAUCUAACUGGAAUUCAUAAUACAGAUUUUCAUGAUGAUCAUAAUCAUACAUUUUGUUAUUUAUGUUCAAUAAAUCAACAUCAACAUGAACGAACUAAACCACGUGAUGAAUCUAAAAAACGUAAACUUAUUCCAUAUAAAAAUCCUAAAGCUCUUUUAUCAUCAUCAUCAUCAUCAGAUCGAAUACAACAAAAUUCUUCACCAUCACUUGAUUUAAUAGCUUAUCGAUUUAUUGUACGAACUGGUACACAAAAAAAUUGUGGUACACAAGCUCAAGUAUUUUUAUAUUUAUAUGGAACUGAAAAGAAUUGGACAUCAAUUCAUUUACGAGGACAUAAUAAUAAAAGUUUAUCAACAUCUAUAGAUGGUUUUCCAAGGGGUUCUAUUCGAACAUUUUGUUUUAAAGGUCCAAAUAUUGGUCAAUUACAUCAUUUAAAUGUUAAUCUUGUUGGUUCUCGUUCAGAUAAAGAAUGGUUUUUAAAAGAAAUUGAAAUAACUAAUUUAAAUAAUGCAAUAACAUGGUUAUGUGAAUUUAAUUGUUGGUUACCAAAAACUGAUGAACAACAAAUAAAUGAAAUAAAACCAAAUGUUUAUCAACAAACUAAAUUAUCAUUAUCAAUUUAUAUUCUACAAAUUCGUACAGGUGAAAAAUCCAUUGUUGAUACUAAUACAAAUAUUCAAAUUCAAAUUCGUGGAUCAGUAAAUCAAACACGUCAAUUAACAUUAAUAAAUAAUCAAACUAAUCUAUUUGAAAAAAAUCAAUUAGAUACAUUUGCAAUUGUUGGUUCAGAUCUAGGAGAUUUAUUAGAAAUUAUUGUUGAAUCAGAUAAAAAUCAAUCGACAAUGAAUUGGCAUAUAAAAGAUAUGAUAAUAUGGAGAAUAAUACCAAAUGAUGAUCAUAAACAAUCUUAUGUUUAUUUUCCAUUUAAUAUUUGUCUUAAUAAAAAAUUGAAUAGAUUUAAAGGAAAUAAAGAAAUAUAUCCAUUAAUAGAUUAUCAUUUAAAAGGUCCUAUAUGUUAUCAAGUGAUUGUUAAAACUGGUAAUGUAACAAAUGCUGGAACUGAUGCUAAUGUUUUUUUGAUUAUUUAUGGAAAAAGUGGUCGUACAGUUAUUCAUCAACUUAAUAAUCGAUUUAAAAAUGAUUUUGAACGAAAUACAAUAUCAGAAUUUAUUAUUAUGGAUAUUGAUAUUGGUAAAAUAGAUCGAAUUAAAAUUUGGCAUGAUAAUUCUAGUCUUGGUUCAGCUUGGUUUCUUGAAUCAAUAAUAAUUCGUAAAAAAUAUUCAACAUGUCAAACUAUAUCAAAUAUAUAUAUUCAACGUCUUGAACAAAUAAGUAAAGCUUUAUAUCGUCAAAUUAAUGAACCUAUGAAUAAAAAUUCAAUUGAUCGAUCAAGUUUUAAAUCAAAAGAUUCAGAUAAUAGUGGAUUUAAUGAUCGUUUAGGAAGUAGUCGAAGUAUUUUACGUAGUCCAACAAUAUAUGAUAAAGUUAAUUUACGUAAAAAGGUUACAUGGGAUGAACAAAGUAUUGGUUCACAAGAUGAUUUAUUGUCAAUGGAUUCACAACGUAUAAAAACAAUGCAAAUUAUAGAUGAACAACAAUAUAAUAAAAAUAAUUCAUUUUAUUAUGAAUCAAAACAUAUGGAACAUAAAAUUUAUUGGAUAUCAUCACAUAAUUAUAUUGAUAAUAAAUGGAAAAUAAAAUCUAUUGAAGAAAUAAAUUCAUUUGAUUUUGAUUCAUCAAUACGUUCAUUAUUACUUUCGGAUCGUUCAAUAAUGAAUAAUAAUAAUAUUAAAACAUCUAUAGAUGAAAAUAAUGAUGAAAUCUAUGAAUUUCAAGCUAAUUGUUGGUUAGCAAAAGAUAAACAAGAUGACAAACUUGAAGUUUAUUUAACACCAAAAUUAAUUCAUAAAUCAUCAUUAUCAUCUGAUGUAAAUAUUGAUUCGAAAAAGAAACAUUUCAUUCAAUCAAAUAUUCGUUCCGAUAUUCAACAUAAAAAAUAUGACAAUGAAAAUAAUAAAAAAGAAUCAAAAUAUUCAUCUCCAUAUGAUUUAAGACCAAUUGAAAAAUCUUCAAAAAAUUCAAGUUUACAUAAUCUUCGAUUAUCAUCUUCACAUCUAUCUAAUACAUCAAAAACACAACUUCCUAAUUCACAUUCAUUUCAAGAAAAUAUCAAUCCAUUAUCUCGUUCGAAAACAACAUUUAAAAAACACGAUGAAUCAUCAAGAAUUAAUUCAUCGAUUGAUAGAUUUCCUCAAUCCUCAUCAUUAACUCAACAUUCAAAAUCACCUCGUAAUCUUAAUGAUUUUAUAAAUCCAUUAAGUAGUGAACAAGAACUAUUAGCUAGAAUAACAACAAGUGAACCAUCACAUCAUCCACGAUCAACAAUUCCAUCUUUAUUACCGGUUACUCAACAUUCUAAACUACCUUGGAAUACUAAUGAUCGUACUGCUUCAAUAACCAAUGAACAAUCAUCAUCAAUGAAAAUUUCAAAUCAGCCACCAUAUCAUCCUCGAUCAUCAACUACGUCAAUGCUGUCAUCUAAUGAAAAUAUAAAAUUAUCACAUAAUAAGCAUCAUUUUACUAAACCGUUCCCCAAUAUUCAGGACUCAUUAUCUAGAAUUUCACAUGAACUACCAAAUCAAUUUCGAUCAACAUCUACUUCACCAUCAUCAUCUAAUCAAAGUUUGAAAUCAUUACACAUUAACAAUGAUUUUCCUAGUCCAAUACCUAAUGAAGAGGAAUUAUUAAAACGAAUUACAGAUGACUCACCAUAUCGUUCACAAUCACCAACUACUUCAUUGUCAUCAUUAACUCCACGUACAAAAUUAACUCGUCAAACAAAUAAUAAUCCUACUAAUUCAUUAAUGAAUAAACGCGAAAGAUUAUUAAAUAUGUCAGUUGAACCACCUGUCAAAUCUCGCUCAACAACUCCUUCAUUAUUGUCAUUUAAUCAUCUUCCAAAAUCAUCUCAAUCAAAUAAUCAAUCUGUUAGCUCAAUAACAAAAACAUCUAUUGAAUCAACAUUAGGAUCUAAAUCUGCAAAAAAUUCUAAUCCUGAUAUUUCUUUAAAAAAAUCUAUAAAUAAUCAAGUAUACUAUUCAGCUUAUGGAACAUCCCCAUUGGAUGAUUUUUAA